CUUCUGCGCGAGCCCCACGUCGUCGCCUCAGGACCACGGGGGAGGCUUUCGCUCGGGCGAGAGGCGGCGCAGAACGGGAGCCGGGAGUACCCCUUAACCCCCUACAAGAGUGAGCUGAACUUCCUGCUGACGGAGGCGCAGGAAGCGGCGCUACUCGCGAGGAAAGCGCCCUCCGAGCACACUCUGCUCUGGCCAGCCGACGACGGCGCCCCCUGCGUCCGCUUUGCCUUCGUCGAUGACCACGUGGACCGCCAGGCCGUGCGACACGCCGCCCGCCGCUGGAGCGAGAGCACCUGCGUCACCUUCAAGGAAGUCAGCUCGAGCUACGACGGCCCUCACCUGCGGCUCCGGAGGCACGAGAGCCGCUGCGAGUCCUUCGUGGGAGUGGCGUCCUCCUCGGGGCAGGACCUCCACGUCUCAGAAGACUGCGAGAGACACGAGGGCUCCCUGCUACACGUGCUCGGCUACGCCCUCGGAUUGUGGCCUGAGGACGAGCGCUCCGACCGCGACGCCUUCGUGAGCGUCUCAUCGGUCGCCGGCAGGAAAUUCCCUCUCAACUCUGGCGACAACUACGGCGUCCCUUACGACUACGCCUCCGUCAUGCAUCGCCACGAAAGGAUUUUCGCCCUUAAUGACAAGCCCACGAUCUCAACCCUGAACCCGUUGUACCAAGGCGCCCUCGGCCAGCGCUCUCGCCUCACCCACAUGGACAAGCUGUUAGUUCACAGGAUGUACCAUUGUUCAGACCGAGCGCUUCGUAAGUGUUCCCUAAGCAGUGACCCUUGCCUGAACAAUGGCUAUGUCGGUGAUUCCUGUGCCUGCGUUUGUCCAAGUGGUACAGAUGGGACGUUUUGUGAAGUUGUUCACAGGCGCUACGAUGAACACUCGCUGUCUCCUUACUCAGAAAUCAUCACUUCUCCCAAAUCUUUGUACUCACCGAGUUCGGAUAUUUCCCCGGGUGAGACCAGAUUCACGAAGGUCAUCGAAGCCCCCGAGUGCGAGAGGGUCGUGGCGCACUUCCCGACCUUUGACCUCCACCCAAGGACCAGCCAAGUUGUCCCGGACGCCGCUAGAGGGGUCUGCUUGAACGACGGCCUUGAACUGCGAACUCACGACAUGCUCCGAGGGGACUGGUACUGCGGAAGUGAACUAGCUGGUAAGACGGUGAAGUCAGAAGGUAACAAGAUGAUCAUAUAUUCCACCUCUGCCCACAACAACAUGCCUGGAUGGGUGGCUGAUAUUACCUUUGAAGAAAUUGCUGGAUGUGUAAGCGAGACAAGUGUCGGAAGGUCAGCCAUUGACGAUGACGGCUGCUUCUGCUUCUGGACGACGGUUGACGAGGACGGCUGCUUCUGCUUCACGCCGUACACCACGUCAACUACAAGUACUUCUACAACGACUACCUCUACGACAACGACUACUUCUACGACAACGACUACUACUACGACAAGUACGUCGAGUUCUACAAGUACAUCCACAAGUACUUCUACGACAACAAUCGGCGUCGCUGGCUGUACUUCCGAAGUCAUCGAAGGGGCCACGUGCUUCUUCUCUCCGAAUUACCCCAACGACUACCCGAACGACUUCACUUGCUCCUUCGGCCCCAUCUCCAACGGCGUCGGGACACUUAAGCUCAUCUUCGCAGCCUUUAACAUUGCUUUCGGUGAUGGAGUGACGAUUCAAUCCUCUUUCCAACCAACUGUCACGAUCGCGGGUUUGAUUCCUUCGGGCACAGACGGCCCUAUCCUGAGCAGUAACUUUAUGGUUACGUUUACCUCAGACUCAGCUGUCACCAGGAGUGGCUUUUCCCUCUGCUUCAUCCAGAACAGCAACAACUGUGACCAGGACCUGAUCGCUACGGCAACGACCCAGGCGGUGCGGGCGCUCCGGACUCCCGGCUUAAGAGCAUCGACGAAAUACUGCGAAUACAGGAUUACAGCAGCUGACCCGACCAAACGCGUGAAACUUGUCAUAACGCGCUUCAACGUCGGGUUGGACGCCACCCUGACGAUCAACCUCGACGGGACCGAAUUUCACGGCAGUGGCAUCAGGGUCGUUCGGAAACCUCUCACUCAGACGACCUUCAUCUCAACGGGGAGUGUUCUUCGGAUGCUGUACACUGGUUCCAGUCUCGCUUACGCUUUCACCUAUUCUAUGGUGGAUUAAGUGAGUGGCUUUUGAGCUAGAGAGAGUUCCCGAUAACCACUGGACGAGACUGACGGUCGACGACGAAAAAUAAAUAAAUAAAUAAAAUGAAAAAAUGAAUCAAAAAAAUAAAUAUUAAAAAAAUAAAUAAAAACAGGAGGCGGUUGGCCUUCCAUCUGGAAUACACUUCUAGGCAGAGAAUUAAAUCUUUGGCACAUACCAUGCCCCUGAUAAUAAGAAAACUAAUUAUGAUUUUGAACAUUGUCACACAUGUGUAAAACAGAAGUAAAUGACCUACAAACGUCAAAAACAUGCAUCUUAUCAAAUAAAAUGGUGUUCAUUCAA